AUGCCCAGCUCUCUUCCUACCGAAACACUCUGCACCAUUUUCGAGUACCUACCCCCAGGUGCCCUCAGCCAACUGACCCUGGUCUCCUACAGAUUCCGAGCGAUUGCAGAGCGUGUUCUGUACACGAAUAUCGCGAUUUUAGAGCCGAUACCGCAUUCCAACCCGGUGCCCAGCAGGACCUGCCGAUGCUGCGAAACAAUUCUGCAGAACCCGCGCCUCACUGCGCUGGUAAAGCGGCUGAGCGUACGGUGGCAGACAGACCCCGGCCCGCAUGACCAGUACAUGCCCUACGUCGCGCCCGCCCUGUGGCGGCUUAACCGGAUGCUGCGUGUCCUCACACAGCUCGAGAUCCUCGAUAUCUCAAUUGGCCUCGUCGGCGCGCCCAUCACCGCGCAGACGAUCCUCGACGGCUGCCGCUUCCCCGCCCUGCGCCUGUUCGCUCUCUGCGGAGUCGGCCGCGGGGGCCUGCGGCAUCCGGCCCACCACACCUGCAGCACGCCGUCGAUCGACCGCUUUCUCGCUGCGACACCCUCGAUCCGACACCUGCGGCUGUCCGACCACUUCGAGCCGCUUGCGCUCCUCGCGUCCGACCUCCCUGCGCUCAGCGCGUUCCGCGGCACCGCAAUCGCAGCGGCGAGCCUCAUCCCCGGCCGGCCCAUCUGCUGCCUCACGCUCACGGGACCGGAGAAUGUCACAGACGAGGAACUUGUCCACAUCGCGCGCGGGAGCGUGCGCAUUCGUUGGCUCGAUCUCAGCAACAUCUCCGCGACGCCGAUCCUCCUGCGGGACGUCUCAAGGCGCCUGCCUGAGGUGCAGCUGCUCAAGUUCAAACUCGCGCUGCGCCACACACUGCACCACUCGUUUACAGGUAUCAGUAUCCUGGCAGGUCUGACGCCCGUCCUGGGUGCGUUCCCGCGACUGUCCACACUCGACCUCUCCUCAACACCAGUAUCCAACAUGGGGCUCGGCAGUUCGCUCGAAGAGUUCCAGCUGUGCACGACGUGGGCACGCAGCUGCCCCUCGCUGCGCAACGUCAUCUUCCCGUCCAAGACGGAGUGGACGCGUUCGCCCGAGCACACCUGGGUGUCCUCCACAACCCCGUACUACACGCGUCACUAG